AUGGAAGCUGAAGGCGGCGAGCGGGAGGGGGGGAAACAGACGCUUCUCUCCGACGACGAAGGUUGUGAGAAAGAACGGGAAACGCCUGGCUCUGAUGCCGCAUGCGGGUGUGCUUGCAGCGCAGAGACGCAGGCCUUGCGGGUCCACAACGAGCGACUGAGUGCGCUGAAUUCCGUCUUGCUGGCCAACAUGUCGAGUCUGUACAAAACAGCUAAAGAGGAACUGAAGCGCAGAGAUGUGAUGCUCGAAGAGAAAGACAACGCCAUUGCGCAGCUGCAACGCGACAUCCAGAGCCUCAAGGAUCAGCUGCCGACCCUCCACGUCCCACACAGGAGGGCGGCCUAA